UACUUCCUUGUGUUGCAUGCCGGGAUAUUGAUAUCCACGCUGAAACGUGAAACUAAUAUCGAUCAUUGUUUUUGUCUCGUUCUUUUGAAUAUUUUGCAUAAUCAUCAGAUAUGGAGUGUGAUUUCGUUUCAGAGGUCGAUAGAAAGUUCUUCUCUAACAAUAUGCUUUCCAACGAAGAUUGGGAGGCAAGUCUAGAACUUCCAGACAUGAUGGGAUUGGAUUCUCAUCUUCCAAAUGUUGACUUGCUCACAGAUUUGCCAACAGAUUUUCAGCUGCCAGAAGACCUGGGCACAACACAUGAUGAACUUCUCAACGAAUGGAGUGAUAGCUCAGAUAGUGGUGUUAGUGGUUUGCUGGUGAGCCAGAGUACAGAUUUAUCAUCAAUCAAAAAUGAACCUCUCUCACCAUCCCUCUCCCAUACAUCCGACAGCUGUGAUAGUGGAAUUUCUACGGUCACAGAACAGAGUCCAUAUAACUACCUUUUCAUGUCCAAUCCAGCCAGCCCAGAACCAGAUCUCACACUGACACAGUCACCACACUGUGUAGACAUUUCAGAUGUAGAGCAACAAGUCACCCUGUUGUACGACACAGUGCCAUCCUCUGUGAAAUCAGAAAUAUUGGAGCAAGCCGUUACCACGGUGAACACAGAAAUCUCAACACUAACAAAUACACAUUUAACAAACAUAAGCCAUCCCCUAUCACCUGUUGCCACGCCCCAUAUUGAAACAAUACUCAACUCAAAGGUGAAAAUACAACCAAGGCCCGAGACUUGCGGAGGGGAACCACCAAGCCCAAAAAAGCAACGCACUACACAACCAGAUGUAAGUUCACAGAAGUCCCUUGUUCUUACACCAGAUGAGUUUCAGCGACUUACGAGCCAGGGUGUGCUGUGUUUCCAACCUCCAAAACAGGAGAGUAUUUGCAAUGGUGGAGUCUUACCUUCACCACUUGUUACUUCAGUAACGAGCCAGUGUCCUCUGCAGAAAAUGCCGAUCAGUUCUACAAAUACUGUGGUGGUGGAAAAUGCAGAUACAAAAAUGUUCAAGCGUCAACAGAGAAUGAUCAAGAAUAGGGAGUCAGCAAGUUUGUCACGGAAACGGAAAAAAGAGUACAUGUCAUCAUUAGAGGACCAACUGAAAGCUUUCUGUGACGAAAAUGAGAGGCUGAAGAUGGAAAACCAGACAUUGAAAAGCCGCCUAUCACAGCUCCAUACUGAGAAUGAAUCCUUGAAAAAGACGGUGACAAUACCAUCGAGUCUCAAGAAAACCAUCGUUCUCUCAUUCUUCAUAUUUUUUGCUCUCAAUCUCGGCUCAUGGAGCUCAAUAAUACUGCCAUCACAACCCAAUCUCAACAAGGGGAUUGUACCAGGUGUAUCAGUCCACAGAGGGAGACAACUCAUGUCUGUAGUGGAAAAAACAGAAUCAUCCCACACGGUGGAUGUCGAUACCGUUAAUAAACUUCAUGAUUUUAUUAUGGAGUACGGGGAAAGAGGAGUGAGGGGGGAACGCAGACUGAAUGAGUCAGAUGUGCCACCCAUGUGUCCAAUGUAUUUCAAUAAAACCGAGUCCAUGAGACUUGCUGAGCAAUUAGCAGGCUGGAUGUCUCGACAUGAAGAGAAAAAGAUGGUCGUGAAGAAGAAGUUAGGAAAGAAGCCAGAUAAACAAUUGAGACCAAUAUCCACCCUGAGUCGAGCCAUGAGGGGGGAUAUAGGCCACGGGAUGGACACUAAAUAUAACAGUGGAUUGGACUCACGUUACCACCUCCAACUGUACGAGGGAGCGGAUACAGGGAAGGACUUCCUCAAGGCUCUCCAUCGACGCAACGAUACUUUCUAUGUGCUCUCAUUUGAUGAGGACUACUAUCUUGUGCCUGCCAUAUACCAUAACAAAACAUCCAGGCCACGAAUGUCACUGGUUAUGCCAGCUGCCGCAUUAAAUGAGUCCAUGAUGCCGCGUGACGAUGAGGUUGGGAUGAUGCAGAUCGACUGUGAGGUGAUGAACACACAGCUCGUGCACGUGCGCAAGUCUGCCAUCCCGCGUAAGGCUCGAAGCAAGUACAACGCUACAACACAUAAAUAUGAUGCCGAGUAUUACACAUAGCCUGUAACACAAGCUGGCAGCAUAUAAUGUCGCUAAAUAAAUAUGUAUAUUUAAUGUUAAGGAUGAUGUACUGAUAUCUUUAUUGGGGGAACUUAAAGCAUACCAUGUGCAGUGGAAAAAGCAUCAAGCGGCUAGAAUAGAAUUUAUUAUUACGAUACAUAUAUAUGUAUAAUAAUCAUAAAAUUUCACUGAAAAGUUAGUUUUAGAAAAUGAGUUAGGAAAACUAACUUUAUACGUCAUUAUUUGCAUUGAUUUGGUCAAAUUACCAAAAAGUUAUGUUAUAUAUUCAUGAUACAUCACCACACAAAUCCAGUUUGAAAUUGGUGCAUACAUUACUGCUGAUAAAACCCAUACAGAUUAUCAGUGUUACAGCAAAUAUUGUACAUACUUUUUUCAUUUGAACUUUAAGAGGAAAGGUACAAUUAUUUUUGUAUUUUGAAUCAUACUUCUCUAUUAAUGCUAUCAACUUUUUUCUUGGAGGAAAUUUGGCCUUCAUAUUUCUUUUUCUUUGUAUUGUUUUAAAUCCAAAUGAAUGAAUUCCAUAUCUGUUUAUUGCAAAUACUAGUGCUAAGAAGUGCCUUUGUGCUUAUAUAAUUAUGAAGGUUUGUUUUAUAGUGGAGGUCUUAUAAAUUUUAAAUCAUGCCCAUUCAUAAAUUUCGUGAGAAUGACUAGAAAAUUAUGUAAAAUAAUGGUCUUAGAAAGCAAGUAUGGCAGCUGAUGUUUUUGACUUUUCUUAUGAAAGUUUGUGACCAAUCAUUUAAUUUAUAUGUAGUUUAUAGUUCAGCCCACAUUUUGAUAAAAUUGAAAAUUUAGUAUAAUAUGAAUUCUUAAAUGUGUUUUCAGAAAUUGAAGAUAUAUUCUGAAUACAUCUUAAACUCAGUUUGUGGCGAGAAUAAUAUAGAUUAUUAUUUUUUUUAACUCAGAUCUCCCCAUCCAAUUUUUUGCUAUUUUUGAAAACAAAAUGAAGAUUUGUAAUUCCUUUGUGCUAGACAACUCUGAAAAUUAAUUUUAUAGGUAAGUGAUAACAAUAUUUGUAUUUGUUGGUCCAUACUUGUAAUUGCACAUUACUGGUUUAUUUGGUUUAUAAUGAUCUAAUAUCUGUAGAACUCAAUUUCAAAGACAAAAUCAAUUUACAGGCUGAUGAAUGUUUCCUCAAUGUUCACUUUAAACAGGAACAAAUCAAAAGAUGAAGUGGCAUAAUUUUUUAAACUUUUUUUUAAAACUUACAUGUUCAACUGCUGCCAAUUAGUUUUUAAAAAUAUGAGUCAAAAGAGAGAUAAACUGGGCCGAAUAAUUGAAUGAUCAUUCAGUAUCCUCAUGACAGUGGUGUUGCUACAUAAUUGUUACUCAAAGACAUGUAGGUUAGAAUUUGUACUUUUAUAUAAUCAAACUAAUCAGCAUUAAAUGUCCAUUCAUCUUGUAUAUGUCACACAUGACAAUGUUCUCAGAUUUGAUUUCUUCUCAUCAGUCAAGUUUUGCUGUAUUGUAUAUUUUAUUAUGUACUCCAUGAUCUUAUACAUUAUGAUCAUGUAUAUACAUGUUGAUCAUGUUUGUCAUACUGUUGUGGACCUGUUUUGUGAAUUUUGUGGAAAUGGAGAUGCAGGGCAUUCUGGUCUGAAUGUUUGGUAGUUUUAACAUUCCAAAUGUUUUUAUUGCAAAAAUUGAAACUCUUUAAAUUUGCAUUUGAUAUGGAUGGAAUAUAAAUACAUGUAUAUUUGAGAAAAUUUGUUAUUUUGAUGUGGCAAUCAAAUUGAAGUUAUGUAGUUGAAUUUUAGGCACAUUUUGUGAAAUACUAUUUAUUCUCUGAUUGUACAUACAUUGAUAAAACUGUCUUACUAAAUCACCUUGUAUCAACUUUUCUUUAAGAUUGAUAUACGCUUGUGGAAAAUGAACUGUUAUUCUAAUCAAGUGUUUCUUUGAUGAUAAAAUAAUAAGAAGAUUAUAACUGUGCUUUUGAUUUUUGAGAUGCAAUAUCUAUAAAGGGCUUUAAAUGAUGGUGCAUAAUAUUAUAACAUAUUAUAAAAGGACCUAACUACACAUUAUAUAUAUAAACUUACCUGUAUGAUUGAUCCACAUUGAUGAUUAACCAAUAUUAUGAUUUAAUCAUAUUAGACAUUGAUAAGUAAAUGGCAAAUGUCAACAGUUUUUUUAACAUUUAAUUGUAUUUAUUUAGAUUUUAUCUGUUGUGAGUGUAGUGGAUUAUAUUAUUGUUUAUUAUUACAGGAACAGAUUUUAUCACUGUGUUAUUGUGUUUAUACAUAUAUUGUAUAUUAUAGUUUUUAUGUACUUAUAUUAAUUUAAAUAUUUUAUGAUACUUGCAAAAGCAUUAGAUUAGAUAUUUUGGAUCAUUUUUCUUUUAAGAAAAUGCUUCAAGAUAAAAACAUAAUUUCUUAAACUGUUAUAGAACCAUUGGCAUAUAAUGUAUACAACGUAUGUCGAUUGACUUCUCGUGUAUAUGAAAGUACUGCCAUUAAACACCGUUUUUUUCAUCCUUGUGGCAACUUGUUCUAGUCAAUAUGGAGCCCUCUGUAAGAACUUCUCCAUAGCAUUGUGCAGCGUUCUGGUGGAAAAAGCCAAGUUGGAUAUACACAUGUAGUUGAUAUGAUAGGAUCUGUAGGAUGAUUUAAUCAUACUCGGAUAUUAAAGCAUGUUACUAUUACAACGGCCUGUGCACAUCAGACUCACCAUACCAUCAUUUGCUUCCUAUCAUUUCAUGUGGUGUCUCUCAAGACAUUCAUGAAUGACAACAUCAGCGAUUUUACAUUGUCCGGUCUACAAAUCUUUGCAUUACUUACAUGUACAUAUAUAUUACUGCCUUUAUUAUGUGUUGAUUGUAAAUACAGAUAUGGCUUGUUAGAUAUAAUAUAUUGGUAAUUGUUAACUCAGAAUGCUUAUGACUUUUUGUUCAUCUCAAUUACAGAAAAAAUAGUUAUUGUCAAAGGCUGAGGUAAACUCCUUUUCUGGGACAUCUGUUGAACAUUUGGUGUAAGUUUUAGAUGCUUGCUGACCCCAUCUUAUGUUGGUAUCAAUUUAAAGAGUUUGAUAAGUAUAGGAGGAAUAUGUUACAUUAUAUUGAUAUGACUAUAACAAACACGCUAUUUUUGGCCUUGAAAGAUUGCCCAUUCUGAUUUCAGUUGAAUAAAAAUACUUAUUCAAAAUCUUCAAUUAUCAUAUCUAUAUUAUUUUCUGUCGUUUAUUGUACAGUCGAAAUCUGUUGGCUUAAUAUUGCUUGCCUCUAUUUCCUCGUUGAAUCGAACUGUAUGUAAAGGCCGAUUUUGUUUUACUCUGUGUCAGCAUUCCCGAUUGGCUCGAUAUUCGCGAGGCAUAAAGUAUUUUAGCCAGUCCCUGGGAUAUCGAGCCAACAGGUUUCGACUGUACCUAUCAAUAUCUUUUCUAAUGAUAUCAAAAUAAUGAAGUCACCAGGGACAUCACUGGCUGGAGGAUGUCAAGCUCAUUUGUACAUGGUAUCUUCAUUAAGGAAACACAGAUGUACAUUGCCUCCUGCUCUUGUGUCAAUAUUUGAUUUUUAUUAAGUGUCAGCCUAAUUUUUCUUACAUUCCAACCUGAAAUUCUUACAAAUUCAUUAUUGAAGUGUUGAUCUGAAAUUUCAGUAUUUUCAUUUAUAAUUGUUUAUCAGUUUGUCAUAUAACUACAUGUAUAUCUAUUUACCUGAAACCUAUUACUUGCAUAAAUUGUUUACCAGGCCCCAAUUUCUCAAAACUUCUUAAGCUUAACAGGCUUAAGUCGCUUAUUUCAAUUAGCCAAAAUACAUACUGAAAAUGGAUUUCGAUAAAUGAAAAAUGGUUUAUUCUGAUAAUUAUACAGAUUAUUCCUACAUAAUUUCUAAAAAAUCUUGAAGAAGUAAAUAUAACACAUUUUAUUGAACAACAAAAAUAGUGAGAUUAGCUUAAUCCUGUUAUAAGGGACUUAAGAAGUUUCGAGAAAUUGGGGCCAUAUUCUCUUGAUAAGGAGUAUAAUUACUUGAAGGUCUAGUUUCAUGAUAUAGUAUGUUUAAAAUAAGUUUAGAACACUUCUGAUAUGCUUAGGCUGAACAGUUCUGUCAUACCAUAUUAAUAUUUCAUCCUUAAUGGGUUUUUUCCUUAAACUUACACUUAAAUGAAAGAACAAAGUUACAAUUGUUCAGGAUUAUCAUUCUUGCUACUAGCAUAGGAAAAAAUGGUUUGACCGUAUUAACACAUGUAACCUUGUUGUUUCACAGAAUCUAAACAUUCGUUUCUUUAUAGACAUAAUAUGUUGAUGUGAAAGUAGCCUCUGGAACUAGUUUAAGAGGGCAUAUAUAUUAGAGUCCUGAUGUCAGAUUGUUGAAAGGAUGGUAGAUCUGUUGGUCUGCCUGCAUGACUCCGGUUUUAAGGAUUUAUAAUCCAGAAUUAAUACUUUUUUGAGCUUGAAGGGAAUGUAAUUGGUUUUCAUUUCUAUCUUGUGUUGUUUAAUGAUGUGAGCCUUAAAGCAGACUGAAUGCUAAGUAAAUAGAUCAGUCUGGUCAGGAUUGAUUUACCAUAUUGCUGUUUUAGCAAUUAGAAUGCAGUAAGCGAGUUCAUCGAUCAUGUUCAGUGGUAGCUUAGUUGUAUAGAUCAUAGCAUUACUUUGUAGCUUAUACCCUGUAUUUAUUUAUUAUACUCUUCACUGAAACCAUGUACUUCAUACUCUGUGUGACUCAUUCUUGUGGGAUAUUUAUUGUGUACUUUCAUGUCUAGGAUAUGAAAUACAACAUGUGCAAUCUAA